AUGAAACUCUCUAUCAUGGUCAUGCUGCUCUUGGCCGCGAUCAUCAGUCAUGCUACUGCCGCAAACGUCUCCGACGCAGCCGUGCCGCCUUGCAUGUCCAACAUUGAGCCAGCCACAUCUGCUCCAGCUACCGCAAGCGACUCUGUUACCGUCAGCAUCCUAGAUCAGACAAUGACUCACCUUUCUAGCAACGUCGAUUUGCCACAGCUCGAUGAAGAUGCACGACUCUCACUCAGCGUUACGGCCAUAGACCAGUGGUACAGGACUAUUGGCUCAACCAGCGGCACAGAGACUUCAGUGAACAUCUCCGUGGACCAUGCAGCGAACCACCGCGCCCGUGUCUCGAAGAAGUCUUCAAUCUCCGCCCUUGGUCCGCUCAUAACGGCUAUGCCUCUUGGUCUCGCUCAGCAUACCGAUCAAGCGACCGCCAUAACCGAGGGUUCUAAGAACAAGGUGGCAAGCAUUGAUAAGGAGGAUCGACAGCAUGCGAAGCAAAUUCCACUCCCAGACUGCCCGUCCGUCGCAUUCAAUAACAAUCUUCGCUCCGACAGCUGGCCCCGAGGGCAGCUCGCACGCAUGCUGCUGAGCAGACGUGCUGUGGUCAUCGAUGGCAUAUGCGGCCAGCGUGAGUCCCAAGCGCAGGCGUUUGACGAAACGCGGGCGUCACGCAACGCGUUUGGUAAGAUGUCGACAGAGAAAGAUGUCCUUGGAGUGGGAUGA